AUGCAUGGUUUCACUGAUCUGUGUAUGCUUCUGUCAAACUCGCACAAAGUAAUGAAACUCCCAUUACAAGGGAGAGUUUUUAUUCGAGAAAACCUAUGCACACUUGUACAAUGUAAUCGCCUUGAACUUAAAAACUUGCAGGCUAUUACAUUGGGCGAGUUUUGCAGCAAACUCACACCUUCUAAAGUGCAAGAAGAUCCCAUAAGUCCGGCAAUCUCAGUGUGUUGGCAAAAGGAUUCAGAACAGAGAAAGAUCAUCAUAAAUUGCACAGCACCUGAUCAACCUAAAGAAGUUACAGUCCUAAAAUUCUUUCUGCAUUCAAAUGGACAAAAUAAUCGUAUUCAAGAUUCCACAGCUAAAGGUUUUCUCCAUGCACAAUUCAGACGUGAAGUUGUUUCCCGUAAUGAAAAAUUUGGUUGCUCUUAUGAACUAAAAGUAAAAGAAGAACCAUAUCAUCAUAUUGAAUCACAAGUCAGCAAUUUUCUGCAACCUGAAGAAUGUGACAUAAAUUAUCCACUUACAGAAGCCACACCAACUGUCCCUGCAGACAUAACAACGGACAAUACAAUGGAACUAGCAACAAGACAUGGCCAAAGUGCUCUUUGGGUUCCUGUUAUUUCAUCUCUAUGUGGCAUCCUCAUUUUGCUCAUUCUAGUAAUCAUACUGGUAUGCAUCUUUAGAAAAAAAAAAUCCUCCAAACGGAAAAUGAAGACCAGUGAUUUUCCAGAAAAUGUUGAUGCAGAUACUACAAUUGAGGCAACAUACUCUUCAAUUGUGAAAAGCAAGAACAUUGUGACACCAAAUGUAGAAGUCAAUAUGCAGGACCCAAAUGUGGUGGAUGAUGAUGGAAUUACCUAUGCUAUACUGAACAAUGUUCACCUAAAUAAGACAACCAUGACUAAAAAACAUGAUGACACCAGUCUAUAUGCAGAAGUAAACAAAUCAAUAAAAAAGUAAAUUAUAAAACAUCUGUUCUGUUGAAUGCUACUACAGGUUGAGUAUCCCAUAUCCAAAUAUUCCGAAAUACGGAAUAUUCCGAAAUACGGACUUUUUUGAGUGAGACUGAGAUAGUGAAACCUUUGUUUUUUGAUGGCUCAAUGUACACAAACUUUGU